AUGCCGAUGCUUUCCAGAGGUGGGGUCAGCGAAGGUGACCGCUGCUUUGCUUCCUGUAGCACCCUGGAUCAGGUCUCACACAGUCCGGUCCGGGCUUCUUCCAUCAAAGGACUUUAUUACCAAAGGGCUCGGAAAGUCGUCCAUCCAGACCAGUUCCUGAGCGUGGAUCUUAAGAGGGAGAUCAUCGUCAACGUUGGUGGAAACAAGUACCUUCUACCCUGGAGCACGCUAGACGAGUUCCCCCUGACCCGCCUGAGCAGGCUGAAGUUUUGCAGGAAUCACGAGGAGAUCGCCGAGCUCUGUGACGACUAUGAUGAAGACAGCCAGGAGUUUUUCUUCGACAGGAGCCCCAGCGCCUUCGGGAUGAUCGUCAGCUUUCUGGCGGCCGGGAAGCUCGUGCUUUUACGGGAGAUGUGUGCCUUGUCUUUUAAGGAGGAGCUGAGAUACUGGGGGGUCGAGGAGUCCAACCUUGAGAAAUGCUGCUUGAGAAAGCUCCGGCAGAAGCUGGAAGAGUUGGCCGAGGUACAGAAGGAAGAGGAGCUGCAUAGGCAGAACGAGGACACCGGAGUCUCCACGGAGGACACUCGGUGGGGGCUCUUUAUGAGCCACCUUCGGGACAUGGUGGAAAACCCACAAUCGGGGCUUCCGGGGAAGGUGUUUGCCUGUCUCUCAGUCCUCUUUGUGGCUACAACGGCUAUAAGCCUCUGUGUCAGCACCAUGCCGGACCUAAGGGCUGAAGAAGACAGGGGUGAAUGUUCUCAGAAGUGCUAUUACAUUUUCAUCAUAGAGAGUAUCUGCGUUGCUUGGUUCUCUCUGGAGUUCUGCCUGCGGUUUAUCCAGGCCAGGAACAAGUGCCAAUUCUUCCAGGGACCCCUGAACAUCAUUGACAUCAUGGCUAUUUCCCCUUACUACGUGUCACUCUUUGUAUCUGAUGAUGCCCAAGGAGAGAGAGAGAAGUCCAGCAGCAACAACUACUUGGAGAAGGUGGGCCUGGUGUUACGGAUCCUGCGGGCCCUGAGGAUCCUGUACGUGAUGCGCCUUGCCAGGCACUCCCUGGGCCUGCAGACCCUCGGUCUCACUGUGCGCCGGUGCACCCGAGAAUUUGGCCUUCUCCUGCUCUUCCUCUGCGUUGCUGUCACCCUCUUUUCCCCCUUAGUCUAUGUGGCCGAGAAUGAAUCAGGGAGGGUCCUCGAGUUUACCAGCAUCCCAGCUUCCUACUGGUGGGCUAUCAUCUCCAUGACCACUGUGGGCUAUGGGGACAUGGUGCCCCGGAGCGUCCCGGGACAAGUGGUUGCACUGAGCAGCAUCCUGAGUGGGAUAUUGAUCAUGGCGUUCCCAGCAACGUCCAUCUUUCACACUUUCUCUCAUUCUUAUCUAGAACUGAAAAAGGAACAGGAGAGGCUGCAAGCCCGGCUUAGUCGCAUACAAAACACCAAUCUGUCCAACGAGCCUGUUCUGCAGGAAACAGACAAGCUGCUCUGA